CCUGCCCUAGGAAAAUGGAGUGCCCUGGUGGGACCCUGGUAGUGUAUCAGUAUGAGCAAAAGGCGCUUCCCUCUUCCCUGCUUCGUUGGACACAUGGUGUUGUAUUCUUUUUCCAUCACGGUACAGUCACACCACUCUGCCAUUCUUAUUCUAUUGGCUAUCAUUUCUAGAGAAAUACAUAGGAAAAACAAAAACUUGAAUAAAAUCAGAAAAAAAAUAACAAAAAACAAAUCUGUCCAACUCCGUGCCUAUCGCGAUCCUCCCUUGUUUCCGUCCCACAAUAUAUCUCAUCGGAGUGGGCAGGCAGAGAUUGCAGCCUUAAAAAAUCGCGUUCCAACGAGCUAUUUCGUGUUGAAUUUGAGCGAACACUGAAUCUGCACGACUCAUUUUUGUGCUCACAGCGAUCCCAUGUAAAUGCUUAACGUUUUGCAAUGUUUAAUCACGAAGAACACCGGCUAAUUCCUCGACACAGGAACUCCAGGUGCCGGCAUGGCCGAACAGGUACAGCAAUUGUGGUAUCCUUCAUGCUUCUUCUCUCCAUAAUUGCAUGGUUGUCCCUGGUUUUUUUGUCACAAACCCACUGUAUUCAGAAAACGGAAAAAUGGCAAGGAAACCCAAUAGCCUCAUUAUCAUGGCAGGCUUUCGAGGUCUCCUCCUCAGAUUAUAACGGUAUCCCUGCCACACGGUAUUUUUCCUCGAAGCCGAAUUCGACUCGAGGUUUCUUAACCCUAAGUCAGGUGGUUUUCGGCAUAGCGGGAUCGGUGGACCUUUGGCCUGUAAGGAAGCAGUUUGUGAGGCUAUGGUGGAGGCCGGAUGAAAUGAGAGGCCAUGUCUGGUUAGAAGAAGUGGUUUCGGAUGAUCUUAAUUUGCCUCCUGUUAGGGUUUCGGAGGACAUUUCCAGUUUUUCUUACACAAACCCCACUGGCAAUCCUUCUGGGGUAAGGAUUGCCCGGAUUAUUCGCGAGAGCUUUAAGCUUGGAUUACCUGAUGUCAAAUGGUUUGUGUUGGGGGACGAUGAUACUAUUUUUAACGUGGAAAAUUUGAUCAGGGUUUUGAGCAAGUAUGAUUCUUCUGAGAUGUUCUACAUUGGGAGCACUUCAGAGAGCCACUCUGCAAACACUUUUUUCAGUCAUUCCAUGGCUUUUGGUGGAGGGGGGAUCGCAAUCAGCUAUCCCUUGGCAGAGGCGCUUUCUGAGAUGUUGGAUGAAUGCUUCGAGCGGUACCCCAGAUUGUUCGGUAGUGAUGAUCGGCUGCAUGCAUGCAUUUCUGAGAUUGGUGUUCCUCUUACACGAGAGCCUGGUUUCCAUCAGUGGGAUAUUCGAGGCAAUGCACAUGGGCUUUUGUCUGCCCAUCCAAUUACCCCAUUUGUAUCCUUUCACCAUGUGGAAGCAAUCGAUCACAUUUUUCCUCAACAUAAUUCAAUGGAUGGCUUGAGACUUCUCAUGAAAGCAAUGAGGACAGAUCCUGGUAGCUUCUUACAGCGAUCAAUUUGCUAUGAUCAUAGAGAGAAGCUGACUUAUUCUAUUUCAUUGGGCUAUGCUGUUCAAGUAUUUCCAAAAAUUGUCCUUCCCCGAGAACUAGAACGUUCUGAGCGCACAUACACAGCAUGGAAUAAAUUAGACACUAGUAUUGAAUUUGAUUUUGAUACUAGAACACCACAGAGAUCUUAUUGCAAAAUGCCAUUCCUUUUCUUUUUGGAGGAUAUCCAUAAAGCAGGAAACAUGACUUCAAGCAUCUACACUAGAGACAAGGGAAGAGAUAAUUUGAAAGGAAGGGGCAUUUGCUUUUCGAGGGCUCUACCCCAGGAUAAAGUGCAGAGGAUCCAUGUUGUCAGCAAACCCAUAGAUGAAUAUUGGCAUUGGAUGCCAAGAAGACAAUGCUGUCGGGCGACAGAAACAAAGAAUAAAGUUCGAGAACUAACGGUUGGUCCAUGCGAACAAAGACGGAUUAGCUCUGCAUUGGCAUUUGCUUGAACUGAAUUUGGCAUUAUCUUAAGAUGUGCAGAUGGCAUUACAUGGAGCAAAACUAUUCUUCUAGGUAGUUCUGAGGACCUUUGCACCUUUGUAACUUACCUAACAAUUUUGGUUCUAGAAGAUCCAUUUCCUAUUCAGCCUGGCUCAGUUUGAUGGUCUGGCUCAUUGGCAAUGGGUUUCUUCAAUAAGAUAACAUCUAUUACUGUUAUCUUUCUUUGCCAUUGGCACCUGGUCCCUGUUGUGCAUCUACAUCGUUGGUGGAGAGAAUUAUUUCCUGUAUGAUUUAUUAAAUACCUUGGGCACACCAUUUUGUGCUCAGUUUCCCAAAUUUUAGUUGAAUUGAUUCUUUGCUUCCCCUUUUUAUCUGGGGGAUACACUUCUUAUGUACGUGUAAUUCAUAUAUGCAGUUGCUGAGAAGGGCAAUUGCCGGCCAAAAAUGUACCAAAGAGAUGUAAUUCUACGGGGAAAUUUCCUUGAUGAGCGAUAAGUCCCUGAGAUACACUUUUUGUAAUCAUGCUUGCAGCUGUAGAACUGAGAUACAUUUUUUGUAAUCAUGCUUGCAGCUGUAGAAUAACCGCACUGCUGAUUAGUUUUUUCAUUUUCACUUA